UACACAUGCAUUAGUAUGUAUAUAAUGCUCAUCCUUUUCAUCAACAUCACAACAACAAAUCAUCAAGAAAAACAUCACAACAACAAAAGAAAGAUUCUAAGCAUGGCUUUGGAAAGACUAUUGUGGCACCUUACCAUAACCCUUUCGGUUCUCAUCCUCUUCACCCCAAAUGCUAGUCUUGCCCAAAAAGGCACCAUGAAUGUAAUAGAUAAAUGUUGGAGAUCGAACACUCAAUGGCGGAGACACCGCCAUCAGCUCGCCACCUGCUCCAUCGGCUUUGCAGGCAAGAUGACCUACAAUACUGGAAAAGGUGUCGUACAAUACAAAGUCACGGAUCCAAGCGAUGAUCCUUUGAAACCCAAACCAGGGACUUUAAGAUAUGGUGCCACAUUGAUUCCAGGGAAAGUGUGGAUCACCUUCAAACGGGACAUGAACAUCAAACUCUCAAAGCCCUUACUGAUCAGCAGUUUCACCACCAUUGACGGCCGUGGCGUCAACGUUCAUAUUUCAGGUGGUUCAUGCCUCAUAGUGUACAAGGUAUUUACUUCUUAUCACUAUUCACUAUCAUUCUAUGUAUAUAGACAAUUAAACAUAUUGACAUUUUGCUAAUUGGUAUGUAUGAUUUUUGUA